GGGCGGGGCCGGGACACGCCUUGCCCGAGCGGAACAAAACGGCGUGCGCGGGCGCAUCUCGCAGCAGCUUCUGAGCGCUUCCCGCCCAGCCGCCCGAUCCCGCUGCAGUUUCAGGAUGCCCAACUGGGGCGGAGGCAAGAAGUGCGGGGUCUGCCAGAAGACCGUGUACUUCGCGGAGGAGGUGCAGUGCGAGGGGAGCAGUUUCCACAAGUCCUGCUUCCUGUGCAUGGUCUGCAGGAAGAACCUGGACAGCACGACCGUGGCCGUGCACGGUGAGGAGAUCUACUGCAAGUCCUGCUACGGCAAGAAGUACGGGCCCAAGGGCUACGGCUACGGGCAGGGCGCCGGCACGCUCAGCACUGACAAGGGGGAGUCACUGGGCAUCCGGCACGAGGAGGCCCCCGGCCACAGGCCCACCACCAACCCCAACGCAUCCAAGUUCGCCCAGAAGAUCGGCAGCUCGGAGCGCUGCCCCCGCUGCAGCCAGGCGGUGUAUGCCGCUGAGAAGGUGAUCGGAGCUGGGAAGUCCUGGCAUAAGUCCUGCUUCCGAUGUGCCAAGUGUGGCAAAGGUCUCGAGUCAACCACCCUGGCCGACAAGGACGGAGAGAUUUACUGCAAAGGAUGCUACGCUAAAAACUUCGGGCCCAAGGGCUUUGGCUUCGGGCAAGGAGCGGGGGCCUUGGUCCACUCUGAGUGAGGCCGGCCCACCCACCACCCACCCACCGCCCACCAGCCACCCACCCAUGAGCUGUCUUCACUGCCCCCUUCCUGCAGCCCCAGCCGCCUCGGGCCCCUCUUCUCAGCCCUGCCACACGUCACUAGUGAAAAGAACUCGAUGUCUGCCGCCCUCUGGUUUGGGGGCUGCCCUAGGUUUCCUCCUUUCCGGGGCUCCCCUGCCCGGGGUCUGCCGCUGUCAUCAGCAGGCACCCCAGCAGUUCCAGUUUGGUGGGACAACUGAACCCACCCCCACCCCACCUACCUCCACUCUCCCCCUCCUGGUCUGAGUGUCCGCCAUCGUCUGACUGUGACCUGGAGCUGGCGGGGAGGCUGCAGAGCCUCUGCAGGGAAGAGGGUGGACCUCUGGGCGUCCCUAUGGACAGGCCUGGAGAGCCUCCCAGCUCAGGGGUCACUGGGCAAGGGCGAGGGGACAGAGAGGCACGAGACAGGGUGGAGGGUUGCAGGCGUGGCCUUCCAGGCUGUGGGGGCUGCCGUCCUUCCCUCGAGGCUGGAGAUCACCAGGCUCUGAGAACCACAGUCAGGAUGUGGCCUCAGCCUCCAUGGGAGGGGUGGCCCUGUGAAGCACCCCAGCACAGGCCUCUGUUUCUCAGAGGCCCAGAUGGGGGGUCCUGAGGUGGCCAUGAGCACUGCUCCCGCCCCCACACACCCAGGCCAGCGAGCUGCCACCAAGCCUGCUUGAGCCUCAGAUGCGAAGGCUCCAGCCUCAGUCUCCUGGACACCCCCUGCCCUGCACCCAGACCUUGAAACUUACCACCCCACGUGGGUCUUCAUCCCUUCCACCUGCCCUUCCCCAGGGUCACCCCACCCUCCCAGGCCCCCAGGUCAGAAGCAGCAGGAGCAGGGGAGGGGUGGCUUCGCUGCUCCCAGGGCCGGACGAGGACACUGUGGAGCUGUGGCCUGGGAGGGCUGUGGGCUGUGGGCUGUGUGCAUUCGAGCAGAUCCCCCAUCUGGUCAAUAAACACCAUUAGAGCAGA